ACUGUGUGCUCUUUUUGGAUCAUCUUGUUGUUUUCACUGUUGCUGCUUCUAUUUGGUUUGCUGUCAUCAGAAGGAGUUCCUUGAGAUUUUCCCCAAAAGGACCCUAUACUCCACCCAUAGGACUGCACUGUAAAGAGGUUUUGGGGGAUUUUUUUCUUCAAAACUGUGGUGAAAAAUGAAUGGCCCAGCAGAUCCCUCAAGCCUACUCUUCAAUUGCUCAAAUCAAUCAAAUUUCUCUUUGGAAACGUCAGAGCGAUGUGGUAAAGAGACACACCUCGAGAACAUCUUUUUUGCCACUUUCUACUUCAUGGACUUCAUCCUGGCUUUUGUUGGCAAUGCCCUGGCUCUUUGGCUCUUCAUCCGGGAUCAAAAGUCAGGCACACCUGCCAACAUCUUCCUGAUGCAUCUUGCUGUGGCUGACCUGUCCUUUGUGCUGGUACUUCCCACCCGGCUGGUGUACCAUUUUUCUGGUAAUCAUUGGCCAUUUGGUGAGCUCCCAUGCAGACUCACUGGCUUCCUUUUUUACCUCAACAUGUAUGCCAGUAUCUACUUCCUCAUGUGUAUCAGUGUCGACCGUUUCCUAGCCAUUGUGCACCCUGUGAAGUCCAUCAAGCUCCGCAGGUCCCUUUAUGCCCAUUUAGCGUGUGCCUUUCUGUGGGUUAUAGUUGGGGUUGCAAUGGCACCUCUGCUGCUCAGUGUGCAGACAGUCGAGAUGAAAAACACAACCGUCUGCCUGCAGCUCUACAGAGAAAAGGCAUCACGUCAUGCCCUUGUGUCCUUAGCAGUGGCAUUCACCUUCCCAUUUGUUACUACAGUGACUUGCUACUUACUAAUCAUCCGAAGCCUGAAGAGUGGGAACAGAGUUGAGAAACACCUGAAGGAAAAAGCUAUCAAAAUGAUCAUCAUGGUCCUGAUGAUCUUUCUGAUUUGCUUUGUACCUUAUCAUGUCAAUCGCUACAUUUACAUUCUCCAUUACAAUGGGACCAAAACUUCCUGUGAAACACAGCGUAUUCUAGCCCUCAGUAACCGCAUCACUUCCUGCCUCACGAGUCUAAAUGGUGCCUUUGACCCAGUCAUGUAUUUUUUUGUAGCUGAGAAAUUCCGUGAGGCUUUGUGCAAUCUGUUUUGUGUUAAAAAGACUGUCAUGUUACCUCAAACAUAUGAGGGUAAGACAAAUGAAAGCUCACUAAGUGCUAAAUCUGAACUGUGA